AUGUCUACAUCUACAAAUAUCGGCAUUGUAGUAGAAUUUGUAGAAAGCCUUGCGAUUUCUCUCGAGCAAAAAAUUGUGUCUUUUUCAGUUACCACCAUUCAAAUAAAAAGGGAGGAGUUGGAGGAAGAGGAGGAGAAGAAGGAAGAGUUCACAGAGGAAGAAGGAAAAAGAGGAAGAAAGAGGGAGGAGAAAGAGGAGGUGAAGGAGAAUAAGGAGAACAAUGAGAAGGAGGCGGAAAAAAAGGAGGAGGAGGAGGAGGAAGAAGAGAAAGUUGUCCCCUCUAUGCCUAAAUGCUGCUCGAAAUUUAAGUAG